CUCCAUUUGUACACUGCAAUCGGGGAGAAUCUUCGCUCUGCCAAACGCCGUUUUGGGAUUCAGAGUUUUUGUUUGUGUUUUUGCUAGUUUUAUGGCUUUCGUGCUUUUGAUUUUGGUUGAAGAAUGAAACAGCUAGAAAAAGUAAUUUAUGAUAUGGCGGAGUUUGGUAUGAACUUGAUUCGCUGAUUCAACUGUUGCGCAUCACCUGUGAUCUGUUUUGUGUUUAGACUAAAAUGUCUAUAUCAGGAUUUGAAGGGCAAUGUAGUAAUGACGAGAGUAGAGAGAGGAGGUCUGAUGUUGAGAACUCCGAAGACGAGAGGAGGUGGUCGAGAAUUGGGACCUUGAAGAAGAAGGCGAUGAGUGCUUCUUCCAGAUUCACUCAUUCUCUUAAGAAAAGAGGGAAACGGAAAAUUGAUUACAGGAUUCCCCCUGUGUCUAUUGAGGAUGUGAGAGACGCUGGGGAGGAGACUGCUGUCCAUGAAUUGCGCCAAAAACUUGCUGAAAGGGGUUCUUUGCCUCCUAGGCAUGAUGACUACCAUACAUUGUUAAGGUUUCUUAAAGCCAGGGAGUUUAACAUUGAGAAGACAAUUCAGAUGUGGGAGGAAAUGCUUGCAUGGCGAAAGGAAUAUGGAACUGAUACUAUCCUUGAGGAUUUUGCAUUUGGAGAGCUGGAAGAAGUAUUGCAGUAUUAUCCUCAAGGUUACCAUGGGAUUGAUAGGGAAGGUAGGCCAGUUUACAUUGAGAGACUUGGGAAAGCCCAUCCAAGUCGCCUAAUGCGCAUCACUACAAUAGAUCGAUAUUUGAAAUAUCAUGUCCAGGAGUUCGAGAGGGCUCUGCAUGAGAAAUUUCCAGCUUGUUCCAUUGCAGCAAAGAGACGGAUUUCUUCGACAACAACAAUAUUGGAUGUACAGGGCCUGGGAAUGAAAAAUUUCUCACGUACUGCUGCAAAUCUCUUGUCUGCUAUGGCAAAAAUAGAUAGCAGUUACUAUCCUGAGACAUUGCAUCAAAUGUAUAUUGUCAAUGCUGGUUCUGGGUUUAAGAAGAUGCUUUGGCCUGCUGCACAGAAGUUUCUUGAUUCCAAAACUGUUGCUAAGAUACAGAUUGUUGAACCUAAGUCUUUAUAUAAAUUACUGGAAGUCAUUGACUUUAGUCAGUUGCCAGACUUUCUGGGUGGUUCUUGUACAUGUGCCUCAGAAGGUGGAUGUCUUCGGUCUAACAAGGGCCCAUGGAAUGAUCCUGACAUCAUGAAGCUGGUACAUAAUGAGGAGGCAAAAUUUGUGAGGCAAAUCAUUAAAUUACCUGAUGGACAACACAAAUUUGACUCCUUUCAAAUGCACCAUCCAUUGAAGGAACGAUGCUGUGAUACAUCAACAGCUGAAUCGGGGUCUGAUAUGAAUGAAUACUCCUCUCCCAACAGAUACAGCAGUUGUCCAUAUCCUUAUUUAGCCCCAGUUCGUGAAGAAGUUAAAGUACCAGAUCUCAAUGGCUACUACAGUUGUGAUGGCUCUCUAGCAGUGGAGAAAGUGAUUGAAAGUGAUCAUUUUCGCCUUAAUCAAGAGCAGCCAGCGCAAACUAAUGAUGUAGGAAAUGUUGCUUGUAGAACAGAUUCAGGAGGUACUUCUGGCAGCAGUUGGUUCGGCAUUGUUAAGGACAAAGUAGAGAAAAUAAAUGUCUUAUAUGUGGCAAGAGUACUGACAUUUUUCACAGAAAAAUUAGUUACACUCCUCCGCUAUUUAACAUUCGAAUUUUGGAGAACGCAGAACAAUAUUCACCCAUCGAUUACCAUGGAACGUAGCAUUCAUAACCAUUCAGCAGCUGCUGAAGCAGGUUCUGAAAGAGAAUAUAUUCUUCCGUGUAUACAACGUCUUCAGAGAAUAGAAAAAGUCUUCGAGGAACUUAGCAACAAACCUGAUGGUAUGCCGAAGGAGAAGGAGAAAAUGCUCAUGGAUUCCAUGGAUAGGAUAAAAUCUGUUGAGUUUGACCUUGAAAAGACCAAGAGGGUACUACAUGCUACAGUGAUGAAGCAGCUUGAGAUUGCUGAUUUUCUGGAGAACUUGAAGAAAACAAAGUGCCGACAAAGAAGGCUAUUCUGUUGAACCAUUUAAACACAGGUAGUUGGAACCAC